AUGAAACUCAUUGAGGUCGGAUCGUCUUCUGAAGACAGCAGUCUUGAGUACAUCGGUGAGGACGUCUCGGAGCUAUGCUUUGAUGAUGUUUACAGCUACACUUCGCACUUUAAAAAGGUAUGCAUCCACAAAACAAUAUUCUACGCCUCGGACCUCAAGACACUUUUGCCAGGAAGAUGGCUGAACGACAAAAUUAUAAACUUUUACUUUGAGCUACUGGGAAGAUUCCACAAGCAGUCGUACUACUUUUCCACGUUUGUCUAUCCAAUGAUCAUUGAGAAGUCCACGGAGGAGCUGGCGGAGUUGUUCAGCACCGUCGACUUUUCGAGGUACCGCAGCUUCUUCGUCCCAAUACAUGCGGACUCGCACUGGUCGCUGGUAAAAAUCCAGGACAACCUUUUGAUAGGAUACGACUCAAUGGCCGAGGUUGCAUAUGGCAAAAUACUGAAAAUCAAGGAGUUCUACGCCAACGUCAUUCUGGAGCGGAGCAACGAGAAUGUUGGGUUCUAUUUACGACACACCCGCGGAAAGAUUCCGAGGCAGAGCAAUGGGGACGACUGCGGGGUGUUCUGCUGUGCAUAUGCCAAGUACUAUGCGGCCGACGACUCCAACUACUUCUGCUUUAGCACACACGACAUUCCCAGGAUCAGACGGCAGAUGCUGCACGAAAUACUGUCGGGCAGAAUACUGUACUACGGAGAGGCACUGCCACAUUCCAAGCCCUCCACUGGCACCUGA